CACCACGCGACCUUAUUUGUGUGUCGCAGUUGGUGUUUAGGAUUUGUUGGACUUUUCCUUUCCAUCUUGGCAGAAGUAUCAACUUUCUUUCCGAGCAUCACAUGCUAACUAGCAGAAAAGUAUUCUUUCUAACAUCCCAACCUCCGGUGAGUGUUUGCUUCGGCCCAGCCGAUGGAGCUCGUCAAAGGGGCCGCGGAGGCUUCGAUGCUGUCUGGCGGCAACGUCAGCAACGUCCCGGCCUUCCUCUCCAAACUCUGGACUUUGUUAGAAGACCCGCACACUGACACCCUCAUCUGCUGGAACCAGACUGGAAGCAGUUUCCAUGUUUACGACCAGGGUCGCUUUUCGAAGGAGGUCCUCCCCCAGUUCUUCAAACAUAACAACAUGGCCAGUUUCAUUCGCCAGCUCAACAUGUAUGGCUUCCGGAAGGUGGUCCACAUUGAGCAGGGCGGUCUGCUGAAACCUGAGAAGGACGACACAGAGUUCCGACAUCCGUUCUUCAUUAGAGGACAAGAACAUCUGCUGGAGAACAUCAAACGCAAAGUCACCAAUGUGUCUGCUGUGCGUCAGGAGGAGGUGAAGAUCUCAACCAACGAGGUCAACAAGAUCCUGAAUGACGUACAAGUGAUGAAGGGCAAGCAGGAGACCAUUGACUCCAGAAUCAUCGCCAUGAAACAUGAGAACGAGGCUCUGUGGCGGGAGAUGGCGUGUCUGAGACAGAAACACGCCCAACAGCAGAAGGUGGUCAACAAGUUGAUUCAGUUCCUGGUGACGCUGGUCCAGUCCAACAGGAUCAUGGGAGUCAAGAGAAAACUUCCGCUCAUGCUCAGUGACCCAGGCUCCGCCCACUCGCUGCCCAAAUACGCUCGACCCCUUUCUCUGGAGCAGUCUGCAGAACCCCCUCUGACCUCUGGACCAGUCAUCUCCGACGUCACAGAGGUGGCCACGCCCACAGCAGAAGAAGUGGUCAGUGACUGGAUGGGAAGUGGCAGCAGAAAAAGACAGUCGUCUAACGUCAGCCAUGACGUGGUGGAGGAAGUGGUGGCGUGUGUGGACACGCCCCUUUCUCCCACGGCCUUCAUCAACUCCAUCCUGCAGGAAGAUGACAACAUGAUGGUGGCAGACUCUUCUGUUGUUCUGAUGGACGCCCCCCAGACCACAGCCCCCAAUGGCCAAUCACCUUCCCCCACCUCAGACCUGGUCCCCACCUCAGACCUGGUCCCCACCUCAGACCUGGUCCCCACCUGUCAGACUCUGGCUUGUAUCGACAAGUGUGAAUUGUCCAAUCACGUGGAGACGAUUGACAACAGUCUAGGACACCUGCAGAACACCCUCAACAACCCAACCUUCACCUUUGAAACUUCUCCGCUCUUGGAGUUGGUGUACCCCUCAUGGUCUCCAGGAGACUUUGACUUCAACACCUUGGACAGUCUUCUAAGUGAGGACACACCCAGAGGAUCUGCUCAAAGCAACAGUACAGGUAAGCAGUUGGUGCAGUACACACCUGUGCACAUUCCUGAAGCUGACCUGCCAUCGUUACUGGAGUUGGAGGCGGAGCCUUUCCUCAGCCCUGAAACGCCCAUUGAUGAUCCGACCACCAAACUGAACUCUGACCUCUGACCUCACGCAAGAAGCCGUGAAUGUUUUUGAGUGCGACUCCGUAUCCAUGACGACAGUGUGUGGUGAAAGGUGACAUUGUACAUACUGUACAUGUAUUGUAUACUUUGGAAAGUUGGACUUGACUUGUGUCAUCAACUUGAUAGGACUUCCAAAAUUGAUGUUCAAAAGAGACAAAAACAUUUAUUGCAGAUUCAUUAAAAGACCUUUUUCAAGUUCA